CACGGCGCCCCGGGGAGGUCAGUGGCUGCCGGCUUCUCCCCGCGCUCGCUCCUCCCUCCCGGCAGCCGCAGCGCUGGCAAACAUCGCUGCCCUUGGCCGCCCGCCCUCUUCACUUCUCCGCCCUGUAAAAACAGCUGCCGGGCCCCACGUCUCCCUGUCCUGGCCGUCACCCUCCUCGCAGAGCAGCACGGCGUUAGCAGGAUGACUGAUCCAGACACCUACCUGCGGCAGCCCUGCCGCAUGGUGCACGGCGUCCCCAUGGUCAACGCCUUCACCCACGACUGGGAGCGGGUUGACACCUUCCAGAGCCGCCCCGAGGACAUUGUGGUGGUCACCUUCCCCAAAUCCGGCACCACCUGGGUCACCGAGAUUGUGGACAUGAUCCUACACGGCGGUGAUACCGAGAAGUGCAAGCGGGACAUUAUCAGCAACAGGGUGCCCAUGCUGGAGUUCGCUGCGCCUGGGCAGAUGACAGCAGGGACAGACCUGCUGGCCACCAUGCCCUCUCCCCGCGUGGUGAAGACCCACCUGCCCGCACAUAUCCUGCCCAAAUCCUUCUGGGAAAACCGCUGCAAGAUGAUCUACGUGGGGCGCAACGCCAAGGAUGUGGCCGUCUCCUUCUACCACUUUGACCUGAUGAACAAGUUCGAGCCGCACCCUGGGACAUGGGCCCAGUACCUGGAGGAGUUCAUGGCUGGCAGAGUGGCAUAUGGCUCCUGGUACGACCAUGUCAAGGACUACUGGGAGCGGAGGAAGGACCACCCCAUCCUCUACCUCUUCUAUGAGGACUUGAAGGAGGACCUCCGCCGGGAGAUUGCCAAGAUGGCCCACUUCCUGGGGCAGGAGCUGCCGGAGGCGACGCUGGAUGCCAUCACCCGACACACCUCCUUUGAGGCCAUGCGGGACAACCCCACCACCAACUACAGCAUGGUGCCCUCCCACUUCAUGGACCAGAGCAUCUCCCCCUUCAUGCGCAAAGGCACCACCGGUGACUGGAAGAAUCACUUCACCGUGGCCCAGAGCGAGCGCUUUGACCAGGACUACAUGCAGAAGAUGUCAGACACCGACCUGCGCUUCCGCACCCAGAUUUGAGAUGGGACCAUCGCCUUCCCCCCAAACCCACCCCCACCAGUCCUGCUCCCUGGCAGCAGCUCCAGCACCACCCCGGUCUGCCCGCAUCUCACUGGCUCCCCCACGCCAGAGAGACUUUUGCAAAACUGGAGAGUUGUAUUUCUGCAUUUUCCUCACAAAUUUGCACCCGUGUGGAAGUUACUGCAUUGCUGCAGAGCAUUGUGGACCUCACCCCACCGCGCAUCACCCCAGCCCCGCGUUGCCCACCCAGGACGUGUGUAGGAUAUGCCUGUGCGGCUUUAUGUGGAGGAAUAAAAAAGCCAGUACGUGGUGCAGAGGCGUUUCCAGCACGUGACGAAUAAAAGUUGCUAGCAGCUUCUGCGUGUGCAUCUCUACCAGCGCUCACACGGGGUGCCGCACCCACCAUCUCCUACCUCAGAAACCCCCCUGCUGAUGUCACCCUUUAGCGGGGGAGAGGACAGGACAGGACAGGGCACUGUGAUCAUGCCAUGCUUCCCCCUCGCUGCUGGGGCCACGUAGGAGAGAUGAGGUGAGCAGGAUGGGGAGGGACAAAAUCAGCCCCAGGGUGACUGGGAGAUGGCCGCAGCCUGGGGAUCUUGGGACCAAUCCUUCCACCCAGGAGUAAUGAAGCUGGAAGCAAAAGGAGGAUUUUGCCAGUUGCUUUCGUGCCGUCCUUCUCCCAGGAACCUGGAAGCUGUUACGCUGUCCCAGUCUCCCCACAACCACAUUGCCCAUCAGGGAUGGCCCCAGGGGGGUAAGAGCAAAGGGUCUCCUCAGCCGCUCCCCCUCUCACCGUGGCCAGAAAAAACACAGCUAAAGGGCGCACUGCAGCACCGUGGCACACGGAAUCAUAGACUUGCCUAGGUUGGAAGGGACCUUUAAGACCAUCGAGUCCAACCAUCAGCCUAACACUGACAAAACCACCACUAAACCAUGUCCCUCAGCACCACGUCUGCCUGGCUUUUAAAUACCUCCAGUGAUGGCAAUUCCAGCACUCCCCUGGGCAGCCUGUUCCAAUGCUUGAUAACCCUCUCGGUGAAGAAAUUUUUCCUAAUAUCCAUCCUAAAUCUCCCUUGUUGCAACUUGAGGCCAUUUUCUCUUGUCCUAUCACUUGUUCCUUGGGAGAAGAGACCACCCCCACCUCUCUACGGCCUCCUCUCAGGCAGUUGUAGAGAGCAAUAAGGUCUCCCCUCAGCAUCCUUUUCUCCAGGCUGAACACCCUCAGCCACUUUCUCAGAGGACUUGUUCUCCAGACCCCUCACCAGCUUCGUUGCCCUUCUCUGGACACCCUCCAGCACCCCAAUGUCUUUCUUGUAGUGAGGCAAUCAAAACUGAACACAGUAUUCGAGGUGGGGCCUAGAUGGGCCUCGAACAGCAUUGCUAAAAGCUGGUGCUUUUAAAAUAGCUGGUUUUAUGUCACGAUCAUUUAACUAAAGGAAACUACAAGUUGGAUGGUUGUCGGGUCCCAAUACCUCAGAUGCUGUCCCCUCCUGCCCACGUUCAUCAUCCUCUCUUCUGUUUGGUAUAUGUGCAAGACAAACUUGCCUGCAACCUGGAGGAAACAUCCAUUGCUUGCAGGCGCCGAGCCUCUCUGAAAAUGCAAUUUCCUUCUCAGGAGUGGAUGAAACAGGCCAUGAGGUUAAAAAAAAUGGCCAUGUUGCACCCAGACACAACCCAGUGCUGAAACAGGGGCUAUUGCAUGUGAAACAAACAUCAUUCAGCAAAAUCCUUGGAGUUUGGCCAUUAGGUACCGCAAGCCCAACAAAAAUGGGGUGGGGUGUGGUGGGCAUCGCAGCAGAGAUACAUCUUACCUGCAGGAUGUGUGGGUAGAAAACAAGAAAAAGAGAAGA